AUGGUCAACGGGAUGGCCAACCUGAUUCCCAUGUUGUUUGGCAAGGUAGAGGCGGUUCAUCUGAGCUGCGCAGCCCAUUGCCUCAAUCUGAUUGUGCAAGCCGUCCUUGCUGUGGCGAAGGGAUCGAUUGAUGCCAUUCGCAACUUUGUAAACUUUGUGCGCCGGUCUAGCAAGCAGAGGCAGCAGCUGAACGCGAUCGCGCGGACAGUAAAGGAGGAGGCGAAGCAUGCAGGAGCUAAGCUACAGCUGGUGACAAUUGAUCUGUCUGCAAAUGUAGAUACGCGCUGGAACUCGUGCUAUACUAUGCUCCAAAGUGCUAUUAAACUGGAGGUGCCAAUUGCGCUCUAUCAGUCUCUCGUUGCUGGACAUACUCCUGAAGUCGUGACGGCAAUGGCAAGCACAUUGCCAUCCCUCGCUGAAAAUACCGCAAUUGCACCUUUACUUGCGAAUCUUAACACCCCUGUGGACAAUGCCACCGCUGGUAAUCCUGCAGAGGGGGGUUCGCAGCAGGCCGAAGACGACGCGGAGAGUGCAAAAGACUCCAAGAAAAGUCAAAGUUUUGGACGCUGUUCGAGAUCGUUCUAA